AGGAAGUCAUUAGUGCAGACUGAGCUGUGGAGUUGGGUUCUUGCAGGAUUUCCUUCCAGCCUCUCCCGACGACGAAGGUUCUUGGGAAUUAAAAAAAAAAAAAAAUCUAAGCACACAAACCAAGUUUUCCUAUUUACAGUGUUCAGGGAAGGUAGGCAUUUCAGGAAGGGCAGAUCCUUUCCCCAACUUGUCCGAGGAGGAGGAGGCGAGAACCGCGCAAGGAAGCUCUGAUUACAGAUCUUUGGAAUUUUCUUUGCUAAAAUUUUUACAAACGAGAAAGAAAUACACCCAGAAUUUUGGGAAUUGCUCCAGGCUGCGCGUGAGGAUUUGAUUGCUUGUCUAAUCUUUUUUUUUUUUUUUUUCUUUGAGAAGAAGAGAAUUCGCCAAAAAGGGGCUUGGAUGGCAGGAGCCGGGCCGGGUGUCUGCGGCAGCUCGGGCUCUGGGUCUGGGCCCUGAGGGAGGGUCCUCGGAGGCCCCCUCCCGCCCCCGCGGCCGGCUCCCUUCGCAGGCGCCCGCCGGGGGAAGAUGCCCCGCUCGGGCCGGAGCGCGCUGGCGGCCGCCGGGACUUCCUAGCCCGGUGCGAAGUGCGCCCGUGGUCCGGGGUUACUUUUCAUUGAACGGAAGGCGACAGGACUGGACUCUCCCCGGGCUUCUCCCCCCACCCGCCCACCCCCCCUCCAGUGGACACGGGGAAGAACUGGGGGCGGGAAGGAGGCAGCAUGACCGGCAGUCGCCGCUGCCCUGCAUCUGCCCCCAGCCCCCGGCCAGCGUCUUGAUGUCCCGCGUCUCGGCUGUACAAACAUGAUGAAAUGGCAGCCCCGGAAGAAGGCAUACUUCCGGCAGGGUGUUGCCCUCCAGUACCUCGGACGUCAUGCCGACGCCCUGGCGGCCUUUGCGUCUGGACUGGCUCAAGACCCCAAGAGUCUGCAGCUCCUUGUGGGGAUGGUAGAAGCCGCCAUGAAGUCUCCCAUGAGAGACUCCCUCGAGCCCACUUAUCAGCAACUUCAGAAAAUGAAACUGGACAAGAGUCCCUUUGUGGUCGUGUCCGUGGUUGGGCAGGAACUCCUGACAGCCGGCCACCAUGGUGCCUCUGUGGUUGUCCUAGAAGCCGCUCUGAAGAUCGGCACUUGCAGCCUCAAACUGAGGGGCUCUGUCUUCUCGGCCCUGAGCAGCGCACACUGGUCUCUUGGAAACACAGAGAAGAGCACUGGGUACAUGCAGCAGGACCUGGAUGUAGCCAAGACCUUAGGUGACCAGACUGGAGAAUGCCGAGCUCAUGGGAAUCUGGGCUCCGCAUUCUUCUCCAAAGGGAAUUACCGGGAGGCUCUCACGAACCACAGGCAUCAGCUGGUGCUGGCCAUGAAGCUCAAGGACCGGGAGGCAGCAUCGUCAGCCCUGAGCAGCCUGGGCCACGUGUACACGGCCAUUGGCGACUACCCCAAUGCACUGGCCAGUCACAAGCAGUGUGUUCUCCUUGCCAAGCAGUCUAAAGACGAGCUUUCCGAAGCCCGGGAACUUGGCAACAUGGGAGCCGUGUACAUCGCCAUGGGGGACUUCGAGAACGCCGUGCAGUGUCACGAACAGCACCUGAAGAUAGCCAAGGACCUGGGCAGCAAGCGCGAGGAGGCCCGGGCCUACAGCAACCUGGGCAGCGCCUACCACUACCGGAGGAACUUUGACAAGGCCAUGUCCUACCACAACUACGUGCUGGAGCUGGCGCAGGAGCUGGCCGAGAAGGCCAUCGAGAUGCGGGCCUACGCCGGCCUCGGCCACGCCGCCAGGUGCAUGCAGGACCUGGAGAGGGCCAAGCAGUACCACGAGCAGCAGCUGGGCAUCGCCGAGGACCUUAAGGACCGGGCAGCCGAGGGCCGGGCAUCCUCCAACCUGGGAAUCAUCCACCAGAUGAAAGGCGAUUAUGACACAGCCCUGAAACUCCACAAGACCCACCUGGGCAUCGCCCAGGAGCUGAGCGACUACGCGGCCCAAGGCCGCGCCUACGGCAACAUGGGCAAUGCCUACAACGCCCUGGGCAUGUAUGACCAGGCCGUCAAGUACCACCGGCAGGAGCUCCAGAUCUCCAUGGAGGUGAACGACCGUGCCUCGCAGGCCUCUACGCAUGGGAACCUCGCCGUGGCCUACCAGGCCCUGGGCGCCCACGACCGGGCCCUGCAGCACUACCAGAACCACUUGAACAUAGCCCGAGAGCUGCGGGACAUCCAGAGCGAGGCCCGGGCACUGGGCAACCUGGGCAACUUCCACUGCUCUCGGGGAGAGUACGUCCAGGCCGCGCCCUACUACGAACAGUACCUGCGCCUGGCUCCCGACCUCCAGGACAUGGAAGGAGAAGGGAAGGUGUGUCACAACCUCGGCUAUGCCCACUACUGCCUUGGGAACUACCAGGAGGCCGUGAAGUACUACGAGCAGGAUCUGGCCCUGGCCAAAGACCUUCAUGACAAGCUGAGCCAGGCGAAAGCUUACUGCAACCUGGGCCUGGCGUUCAAGGCACUGCUGAACUUCAGCAAGGCCGAGGAGUGCCAGAAAUACCUUCUGUCCCUCGCUCAGUCCCUGAAGAACUCCCAGGCUAAAUUCCGAGCCCUGGGGAACCUGGGGGACAUCUUCGUCUGUAAGAAGGAUGUCAACGGUGCCAUCAAGUUCUACGAGCAGCAGCUGGGCUUAGCUCACCACGUCAAGGACAGAAGGCUGGAGGCCAGCGCCUAUGCCGCCCUGGGCACGGCCUACCGCAUGGUCCAGAAGUACGACAAGGCCUUGGGCUACCACACGCAGGAGCUGGAGGUCUACCAGGAGCUGAGCGACUUGCCCGGGGAGUGCCGCGCUCACGGGCACCUGGCUGCCGUCUACAUGGCCCUGGGCAAGUACACGAUGGCGUUCAAGUGCUACGAGGAACAGCUGGACCUGGGGCAGAAGCUGAAGGAGCCGAGCCUGGAAGCCCAGGUGUAUGGCAACAUGGGCAUCACGAAGAUGAACAUGAGCGUGAUGGAGGAUGCCAUCGGCUACUUUGAGCAGCAGCUGGCCAUGCUGCAGCAGCUGAGCGGGAACGAGGCCGUGCUGGACAGGGGCCGGGCCUACGGCAACCUGGGCGAUUGCUACGAGGCCCUGGGAGACUACGAAGAGGCCAUCAAGUACUACGAGCAGUAUCUGUCUGUCGCCCAGAGUCUGAAUCGCAUGCAAGACCAAGCCAAGGCUUACCGGGGCCUCGGCAACGGACACAGGGCGACCGGGAGCUUGCAGCAAGCCCUCGUGUGCUUUGAGAAGAGGCUUGUGGUGGCCCACGAGCUCGGGGAGGCCUCCAAUAAAGCGCAGGCCUACGGAGAGCUGGGCAGCCUGCACAGCCAGCUCGGGAAUUACGAGCAAGCCAUUUCCUGCCUCGAGCGCCAGCUGAACAUAGCCAGAGACAUGAAGGACCGAGCCCUGGAGAGCGACGCGGCCUGCGGCCUGGGGGGCGUCUACCAGCAAAUGGGGGAGUACGACACGGCCCUGCAGUACCACCAGCUUGACCUGCAGAUAGCAGAGGAGACCAACAACCCCACGUGCCAGGGCCGGGCCUACGGGAACCUGGGCCUGACUUACGAGUCCCUGGGCACUUUGGAGCGGGCUGUGGUCUAUCAGGAGCAGCACCUGAGCAUUGCCGCUCAGAUGAACGACUUGGUGGCCAAGACGGUGUCCUACAGCAGCCUUGGAAGGACGCACCACGCCUUGCAGAACUAUUCACAGGCCGUCAUGUACUUACAGGAAGGUUUAAGGUUAGCUGAGCAGCUGGGCCGAAGAGAAGAUGAGGCAAAAAUUCGCCAUGGCCUCGGCCUGUCCCUUUGGGCAAGUGGGAACCUGGAGGAAGCCCAGCACCAGCUUUACCGGGCCUCCGCCUUGUUCGAAGCAAUCCGGCACGAGGCCCAGCUGAGCGCUGACUGCAAGCUCUCCCUCUUCGACCUGCAGACGUCGUCCUACCAAGCCUUACAGCGGGUGCUCGUCAGCCUAGGUCACCAUGAUGAAGCUCUGGCUGUAGCGGAAAGAGGUCGGACGAGGGCAUUUGCUGAUCUGCUGGUGGAACGACAGACAGGCCAACAGGACUCCGACCCCUAUUCGCCAGUCACCAUCGAUCAGAUCUUAGAGAUGGUCAAUGGGCAGCGGGGACUUGUGCUGUAUUACUCACUGGCUGCGGGCUACCUGUACAGCUGGCUGCUUGCUCCCGGGGCAGGCAUUCUGAAGUUUCACGAGCAUUACCUGGGUGACGGCACCAUGGAGAACCCCGAGGACUUCCAGGCGGGCAGUGGAGCCACACUGCCCACGGCCACCAGCUCUGCCCUGGAGCAGUACAUCGCCAGCGUCCGCGAGGCCCUGGGCGUGGAGUCCUACUACUCCAGGGCCUGCGCCAACAGUGAGACGGAGAGCGAGGCUGGGGACAUGAUGGACCAGCAGUUCGAAGAGAUGAACAAGCUCAACUCAGUGACGGACCCCACGGGCUUCCUGCGGAUGGUGCGCCACCACAACCUCCUCAACAGAAGCUGCCAGAGCAUGACAAGCCUGUUCAGUAGCUCCAUGUCACCCAUCAAGGACGGGACCUCCUCUCUCCCCAGGAGGCAGAGCCCACUGGCCAAGUCCCCACUCCGCGCCCUCUACGAUCUGCUCAUCGCGCCCAUGGAAGGGGGCCUGAUGCACUCCAGCGGCCCUGUGGGCCGGCACCGGCAGCUGGUCCUGGUUCUGGAGGGAGAACUCUACCUCGUCCCCUUCGCUCUCCUGAAGGGCAGCUCCUCCAACGAGUACCUUUACGAACGCUUCGCUCUCAUCGCCGUGCCUGCUGUCCGCUCGCUCAGCCCACACUCCAAGUGCCACCCGAGGAAGACCCUGCCCGCAUACUCCAGCUCCAACUCAAUGGCGGCCGUCAUAGGCAAUCCCAAGCUGCCGUCGGCCGUGAUGGACAGGUGGCUGUGGGGACCCAUGCCGUCAGCCGAGGAGGAGGCCUACAUGGUGUCCGAGCUGCUGGGAUGUCAGCCCCUGGUGGGCAGCGUGGCCACCAAGGAGCGGGUCAUGAGUGCCCUGACCCAGGCUGAAUGCGUCCACUUUGCCACGCACAUCUCUUGGAAGCUGUCAGCCCUGGUCCUCACGCCCAGUGCGGACGGCAACUCCGCCAGCAGCAAGAGCUCCUUCGGCCCCCCGUACACGAUCCCUGAGUCCCUGCGGGUGCAGGACGACGCCAGCGACGGGGAGAGCCUCUCAGACUGCCCGCCCCUGCGGGAGCUGCUGCUCACGGCCGCCGACCUCUUGGACCUGCGGCUGCCAGUGAAGCUGGUGGUGCUCGGAUCUGCCCAGGAGGCCAACAGCCGGGUCACCGCCGAUGGCGUGGUGGCUCUGACGCGGGCCUUUCUAGCUGCCGGCGCGCAGUGUGUCCUUGUGGCUCUGUGGCCGGUACCCGUGGCUGCUUCCAAGAUGUUCAUCCACGCCUUCUACUCCUCCCUGCUGAACGGCCUGAAGGCCAGCGCCGCCCUGGGAGAGGCCAUGAAGGUGGUGCAGGGCAGCAAGAACUUCUCACACCCCUCCAACUGGGCAGGUUUCACGCUCAUUGGCAGCGAUGUGAAGCUGAACAGCCCCUCGUCGCUCAUCGGCCAGGCACUGACAGAGAUCCUACAGCACCCGGAGCGGGCACGGGAUGCCCUGAGGGUACUGCUGCACCUGGUGGAGAAGUCACUGCAGCGCAUCCAGAAUGGGCAGCGCAACGCCAUGUACACAUCCCAGCAGAGCGUGGAGAACAAAGUGGGGGGCAUCCCAGGCUGGCAGGCCCUCCUCACGGCGGUGGGCUUCCGGCUCGACCCUCCUGCCAGCGGCCUGCCAGCGGCCGUCUUCUUUCCGACCUCGGACCCGGGCGAGCGGCUACAGCAGUGCAGCAGCGCCCUCCAGGCCCUGCUGGGCCUACCCAACCCUGCCCUCCAAGCCCUGUGCAAGCUCAUCACAGCCUCGGAGACGGGCGAGCAGCUCAUCAGCCGGGCUGUUAAAAAUAUGGUGGGAAUGCUCCACCAGGUGCUGGUCCAGCUCCAGGCUGGGGAGAAAGAGCAAGACUUCGCCUCGGCUCCCAUUCAGGUCUCCAUCAGCGUCCAGCUGUGGCGGCUUCCCGGGUGUCACGAGUUCCUGGCAGCUCUCGGUUUUGACCUCUGUGAGGUGGGCCAGGAGGAAGUGAUUCUGAAGACUGGGAAGCAGGCCAACCGGAGGACCACGCACUGUGCACUGCAGUCCUUGCUGUCACUCUUCGAUUCCACCGAGCUCCCCAAGCGCCUCAGCCUGGACAGCUCGUCCUCCCUGGAGUCGCUGGCGUCGGCGCAGUCUGUGUCCAACGCCCUGCCCUUGGGCUACCAGCAGCCCCCCUUCUCUCCCAGCGGGGCCGACAGCAUAGCCUCUGAUGCCAUCUCCGUGUACAGUCUCAGCUCCAUCGCCUCCUCCAUGAGCUUCGUCUCCAAGCCCGAGGGGGGUUCGGAAGGCGGAGGCCCCCGCGGGCGUCAAGACUACGACAGGCCCAAGUGUGCCCACACACAGCGAGCCACCUUGCCACGGCGCCAGCUGUCCCCUCAGGCCCGGCGUGGAGGGGGCAAGGAGGAGGAGGAAUACGAGGGUUUCUCCAUCAUAAGCACAGAGCCUCUGGCGGCCUACCAAGAUGAAGGCAAGGAGCGCUUCUCCCCGGACCCCAAGCCAGCCCGACUCGGGGCAGUGGGCGGUGUGAGGCUGUCCAUCAGCUCCAAGGGGAGCGUGAGCACCCCCAACUCCCCCGUGAAGAUGACACUGAUUCCCAGCCCAAACUCGCCCUUCCAGAAGGUGGGGAAGCUGGCGAGCUCAGACACGGGCGAGUCUGACCAGUCCAGCACGGAGACAGACAGCACCGUGAAGUCCCAGGAGGAGAGCACCCCCACGCUUGACCCCCAAGAGCUGGCGCAGAGGAUCCUCGAGGAGACUCAGAGCCACCUCCUGGCGGUGGAGCGUCUGCAGAGGAGCGGUGGCCCGGCUGCCAAGGGCCCUGACCGGGAGGACAGCGUGGCAGCAGCCCCCAGCAGCGCCACGGUGUUCAGGGCGUCGGAAACCAGCGCCUUCAGCAGGCCCGUCCUCUCCCACCAGAAGAGUCAGCUGUCAGCGGUCACUGUCAAACCAAAGCCCCCAGCCAGAAGCUCGUCGCUGCCCAAGGUGGGCUCCGGGUACAGCAGCCCCACGGCGCCCGAGGUGCCCAGCGGCCGCCCGUCCCCGGGCUCUGACGCCCAGGCCUCCCCAUCAGACGCGCCACUCCUCAGACUAAAGUACCCCAGCUCUCCGUACAGCGCGCACAUCUCCAAGUCCCCCCGGAACGCGUCCCCCGGCUCGGGCCACCAGUCCCCCGCGGGCAGCGUGCCGUCGCCGGCGCUCUCCUACUCCUCGGCCGGCUCCGCUCGCUCCAGCCCAGCCGACGCCCCCGACGAGAAGGUGCAGGCCGUGCACAGCCUGAAGAUGCUCUGGCAGAGCGCCCCCCAGCCUCCCAGGGGCCCCCGCAAAGUGUGCCGCGCGGCGCCAGGGGCCCUGCCGUCCAAGAGAGAUGUCCUCAGCCUGCUGAACCUGUCACCCCGGCACAGCAAGGAGGAGGACGGGGCGGACAAGUUGGAACUUCAGGAGCUGCCUCUGCAGCAGAGGGACGAGGCGCCCCCCAAGGCCCCCGCCAACGGACACUGGCGCACGGGCGACACCGGCGCUGGCGCACUGACGCUGCCCGGUGGCCCCGGUGGUGCAGCAGCCACCCCACGCCCUCUGAGACUGCCCGCAGCCAAUGGCUACAAGUUCCUCUCCCCAGGAAGGUUCUUCCCUUCCUCCAAAUGCUGAAGCAGUCUUCCAGCCCCGGCUCCGGAGGCACCGAGCACAGAAGGGCCUGGGACCCCUGGGCCCUGCUCACUCAGCCAGUGCAGCUGCCCACACAGCCACCAGGACCGUGCCAGGCAGGUGGGCUCCCUGGGCAAGGGCACUGCCACGCCAAAUACCACCAAUGUCCACUGGUGGCUCCUCUGGGCAAGAUUUGCCAAAAGCCAGGACUUGUGUGGGGUGGGAAGGAAGGCUCGAGGCGUUCUCCACCCACUUCUCCUGUUUACCUUAGGACUCCUGCUUCUCCUCUUUUAAGUGACAACAGAAUUUUGUACAGCGAUGGCCACGGUUCUGGGUGGGAGGAAGGAGUACAGAUUUUCUACGAGGUCUCUAUGCAUACCUUUUAUACACAAGUACAAACAGCAUUUGUAAGGUUUUUUCAGGUGCUGGGGUGGGGGGUGAAGUUUCUCUGAGUUGCGUUCUACCUGAGAGUGUCACAUUAGCCAAAAGCAGGAUGGUUUUUAAAAUGCCAACGCUUUGUGAUUCAAUGGUCGCAGGCACCACGCAAUAACCCUUGCUGAACGCGCUUCCGUCCCGAGCUGCCCCCAGCGUAGCUUGGCCAGGGUCCUUGGGGCCCCACUGUUAGUCAAACUUGAAUUUUCUUAACAAAAAAAAUUAUGUGACUCUUACCCAGGCAUUUUAGAACUAUGCAAUUGUGAUUUAAAACACAACUUUGUGCUUUUAAAACAUUACUGACCUUUUUUGUACACGGAUAAACACUUGGUUUUAUCAAUAGUACUUUGCAUUUAUAGCUAUUAUUUUUAAAAGCUCAAAAAGUUUUUUAAACUGUCAAAUUUUGAAUAUUCAUCCAUAAGCGAUGAUCAUGUUGGGGCAUGGUUGAAAUUAUCCAGUUUCUUUAUUAAGACAAAAACAAAAACAAAAAGCUAGCCAGCUAGCCAGAGCCAGACCUCGCCUUCCAGUGCCCGCCCGUUCUCCAUGUCCCCGGCCCAGGCACCGCGGACCUCUUCCCUCUUAGUCGGUGGUCAGACCUCCCGCGCAGGCCAUCCCCGUGAGCUGUCUUCCCACCUCGGAAGACUCAUCAUGUCCUGAGAAGCAGGGCGCCUUUUGCUUGUAUGUGGCCCCAAUUUUUAUUAAACAUGAGGUCAGUCUUUAACACAGCAAACAAGUGGGCUCAUCCUCCAUCUGUGACAGCGUGCUGACGAUAUUACCAGGGCGCCGAGAUGAGGGAAUAGCGCCGAGUUAGGGGUGAAUAUUAAGAAAUGAAAUGUUGCAAAUCAUGUUGGUUCUAAGUUUAGUUGGAGAACUUAAAAAAAGUAUCUUCUAAAUAAUUCUGAAAGUAAAACCCUCCCCUGUUCACUGGGAGGACAGCUACGUGGCCCAGGACCCCGGCAGCACAUGGAGCCCCCCCCCCAGGGGCCUGGCAGAGGCAUCCGGAUCCCCUGGGGGCACUUCUAACCUUGGGUGGGAUCUCACUUUGGUUAUCUUUCGGGUGUUUUGUUUUGUUUUGUUUUGUUUUGCUGAGUCAGAGUCUCCCUGUAGUCCAGGCUAGCCUUGAACUCACAGCAGUCUUCCUGCCUCAAUCUCGAGUGCCGAGAUUACAGGCCCAGCUGGGAUUUCAUGUGGCAUGCAUCCGCAUCCACUGACUGUUCCUCAGAAGGGUGCUGUUUAUCCAAGUGCACUGGCUCUCCUGAGCUCCUUCCAGAGGAUUCUGGGUCUGACCCAGCCACCAUCCAGUAGACAUAAAGGGUGCCACGUUCUAUCUUACCUGGCCCCGCCCUACAGGAGAAGCGCUUCGUGACGCAGCAGCGGGCCCAGCUUGUCUUUAUGUUAGUAGGAAAAAUGAUAAAGUCCCUGUGUAGCAAAUGAAACCAAAUGAUAACACUGUGCGUUUAGAGAAAUCAGGUCGUCAACAACCAAGCAUGAACCUCAGAACAAAUGCCUAAACCCAGGGCCAGGCUACAUUCCUCAGCCACCUCCUCCGCCUCUCCCCCCCCCCCAAGGGCCCAGGAGCCCUGGGGUGACAGCUGAGUUCUGCACCCCAUCCGGAAUACAGCCCCAUUCCCACCCCACACAACCGCCUUGGCCAACCUGGACCGUGCCCUGCGGUGGUCAAGCCAGCCGGCGGUAAUGUGUGGGCUGCCCUGAGCGUACUCCUGGGCACACUGUUGCGUUAGGACUCACGCUAAAGAGCCAAACGGUACCAGGGAUGCUCUUCUUCUUGGUCUUACGUGUAAGUUUCAAGGAAGGGGAAGUGAAGGUGACAAGACAACUGGACAAUCUGUAGAUCACCCGCGUUGCCACGGUGCAUGUCAAUCAUGGUGUUUCCACAUGAGUGAAGAGGUCCAGCCCUGGUGGACCGUGAGCUUCAUGGUACUCCCUGUACCACCGAGGGGUUGGCAACCACCACCCACAGGCUACAUUUGGUCAGCCGGUCAGUCUGGAGUGUUCUGGUUUUGGCCAUAAGCCAAUCAUGGGUCUUGACCUUUUUAAAUAGCUACCACUUCAAAUGGUACCUAACAUAAUAUUCUUCAUGUUUUCCUCUCAGUCCCACUAAACCCAAGACUGUCCAGUACCCACCUUUUAGAGAAAGAUUGCCCAGGGCACCUGACACACGACAGCCUGCGUUUUGGUGGCUGCCGCCCAAGAAGAGAGUGUCAGGAAGUGGGUCAGCCUGACUGGCAGGGUAGGCUUGAGCGCUGGAGGCCACCUGGAUAAGUGCCAGCAAUGCCUGCCAGAGGCCGUGGCUCCUCAACCCAGGUGAGCGGGGCCAGUGGCUGGAGGGCAGAGCGGCAGACGUCCUCCUCGCUUUCCCUUUGCAGGUGGCCCUGAAGAUGUCCCUUUGGCUCAGCUCAGAACCCUGCAUGCCCUGCCCUCCUCCAGCAGAUGCCACUGACCACAAUCAGUAGAGCCUUCUGAGAGCCCGGCGGGAGCCUCAGCCCUCACAGGGGACAGCUCAAUUCCUUUGAUGAUCUUGUAACUUAAAUGACCAGAGAAAAUCCAUUUUGACCCAUGUUGGUGCACAGCCGAAUGAAUUAGCUCAAACCUUCCUACCCUUUUUAAAAUACUCACAAUCUUCACAGGUAGGAGGCGGGCAGCCCACAGAGUCCUGACCCUGCUCCCACCCACCCUCGAGACCCUCCAGUGGGUGAGCCCUGGGCGAGCACCCACCGGGCCUGCCCACUCCCUCUCAGCACACACACUCAGGGUCCCCAGGGAGACUGUGGCCUGAACACCCACCGCACUGCAGCCUGGGUGGCUCUCAGCAAGGAGGCAAAAGGUAAAAGGCGUCUAACUCUUUGUUUUACUUUGUUUUUACCUAAAACGGCUGUAUAAGUGGCUUUGUGAACUGGACCCCUGUUUGUGCCAAACCCUUCAGAGAUGUCCCUUGUCAGCCACCCCCCCACCUCCAGGGCAACUUCCCCUUGGCAUUCACUCUCCUCACAUGCAUUGUUAACCACCUUUGGCCUACACAGACUUCUUUUUGUAAAUUACACAGUUUUCAGACGGCAUUGAACUUUUUCUAUGACAAAAUUUGCCAUGUAAAAAGAACUUCAUAUUUUUAUCAAGAUUGCUAAGGCACGUGGCCUUCUCCCUGUGUGGUUUUAAUGUCUAUUAAAGCAUGAGUGUCUUCGGUUUUAA